UCGAGUUUUGUGAGAUCUGCUCCGAAAGAAAGAAAACUGCUAUCGGGAAGAAGAGGUGAAUCGCUUACGUGGGGUAAAAUGAGGAUUAGGAAGAACAUGAAGUUGUCUUCGAUGCUUUUAGCGACAGCAGGUUACGGCGGAGAUAAACUGGAAACAUAUGUCUGUCCUCUGAACCAAUCUCCAUGGGAUGUGAUUCCUCUGACUUCCUCCCUCGACGACGACAACGACGAUGGUGCGGCCGAGUUAACUAACCUAAUUGACUCGUGGUGGUUCCUCCCAUCUCCGUCCUCUUCUUCUCCCUCUCUCACUCACCAGUUCGCUGGAGAAGAUAACUUUAAUGGGAAUGUGAGCUUGGGAGAUUCAAAUGGCGCUGCCCAGAGGUUAAAUGGCUCCGCCGGCAAUAAUCACAGCCUUGUCUCCGACGAGCGUAUUGAUCUCAUUGCGCCGGAGAGUUCGCCGGAACUUGAAGAUCCGAGCGAUGACAGUGACAAAAAAUCAUACUCCGUGCAGCCUCAUUCGCCGGUUAAAACCUCCGGCGACGACUACCAAGCGGCUGUGUCGGUGCCAGCGCCGCCUAAACGCGGACGGCCACGUGGUUCGGGCAAGAAAGCUCAAGCCUCCUCCACCGCCGCAUCUAAUAAUAAUCCGUAUGAGUUUUACUACUACUCUGGUUUCGGCCCACGGUGGGGAAGAAAAAGAGGCGGCUCCGGUGACGACGAGAAGAUUGUUCUGACUGAUGAUAAAAACGGCUGCGAAGAUAAUAUGAGCUGCAAAAAGAGUAACAGUAGUGGUGAAGAGAGUUCUAAAACGGCGGCGUUUGAGCAUGGGAGUAGUAGCUUCGAUGGGUUUGAGUUUAUGGAAGAGGACUAUGACGUAGUCGAUCAAAGCACUGGACAUGGGAAGAAGAUGAAGAGUACAAUGGCGAUGAAGAAGAUGAAGAGAGGGAGGAAGCCCGUAAAGGAAAGGUCUUUAAAAUCCCUCAUGUAAUAUAUAUUUAUGUUUUGUGAGGACUUUUCUGUCUUUUUCGCUUCUUCCUUUUUUUUUUGUUGUCUGUUUUUGUCUGUAAUAAGA